CAGCAAAUACGGCGGCGGAGGCGCCGCCAAGACACAGACAUCUGGGACUGUUGUUGUUCUCCACCCGGGACCGCCACAAGCCCUGCGCCCAGAGACCCGGCGUGGGUCUGGCGGGGACGGCCGUGUCUCCACCUUCCCCCGCGUGGCUCGAGCUGCGGCGCGAGUGGCGCCAACACCCUGCGGUUGGUCUCGGGUGCCCUGCAGUGAGGAGGGGGCGUCGGGAGCGUGGUGAGCGUACUUAGGGCCCCCACCGACCCCGAACUCGACGGCUUCACCCUAAUCUGUCUGCCAUGGCCGGAAGCGCAGAAGGGGACCUGAACUCCAACCUGCUCCAUACCCCCUACCGUACCGGGGACCCGCAGCUGGACACGGCCAUCGGGCAGUGGCUCCGCUGGGAUCAGAAUCCCAAAACAAAAGAGCAAAUUGAAAAUCUACUACGAAAUGGGAUGAACAAGGAGCUACGUGAUCGCCUUUGCUGUCGAAUGACUUUUGGGACUGCAGGACUGCGUUCUGCUAUGGGAGCAGGAUUUUGCUAUAUUAAUGACCUGACAGUAAUACAAUCGACACAAGGAAUGUACAAAUACCUUGAGAGGUGUUUCUCAGACUUCAAGCAAAGAGGCUUUGUUGUUGGAUAUGACACCCGGGGUCAAAUAACUAGCAGCUGCAGCAGCCAGAGGCUUGCUAAACUCACUGCUGCCGUCUUACUGGCCAAAGAUGUUCCUGUGUACCUUUUUUCAAGAUACGUUCCUACACCUUUUGUACCAUAUGCAGUCCAGGAGCUUAAAGCAGUUGCAGGUGUAAUGAUUACUGCGUCUCAUAAUCGCAAAGAAGACAAUGGAUACAAGGUUUAUUGGGAAACUGGUGCCCAGAUUACAUCUCCUCAUGACAAGGAAAUUCUGAAAUGUAUAGAGGAAUGUGUGGAACCCUGGAAUGGUUCCUGGAAUGAUAACUUAGUGGAUACCAGUCCACUGAAGAAAGAUCCUUUGCAAGACAUCUGUAGGAAAUACAUGGAAGAUCUGAAAAAGAUCUGUUUUCACAGGGAGUUAAAUUCAAAGACUACUUUAAAAUUUGUCCACACAUCCUUUCACGGAGUAGGACAUGACUACGUGCAGUUGGCCUUUCAAGUGUUUGGUUUUAAACCUCCAAUUCCAGUACCAGAACAGAAAGAUCCUGACCCAGACUUUUCUACAGUGAAAUGCCCAAAUCCUGAAGAAGGAGAAUCUGUGCUGGAGCUUUCUCUAAGACUGGCAGAGAAAGAAAAUGCUCGGAUAGUGCUCGCCACAGAUCCUGAUGCAGACCGACUGGCAGUGGCAGAACUUCAGGAGAAUGGUCAUUGGAAAGUGUUCACAGGGAAUGAAUUGGCAGCUUUGUUUGGGUGGUGGAUGUUUGAUUGCUGGAAAAAAAAUAAAUCAACAAAUGCUGAUGUGAAGAAUGUUUAUAUGUUAGCCACAACAGUCUCUUCCAAAAUUUUGAAGGCAGUUGCACUUAAAGAAGGAUUUCAUUUUGAAGAAACAUUACCAGGUUUUAAAUGGAUUGGAAGUAGGAUAAAAGACCUCCUCGAAAAUGGGAAAGAAGUCCUUUUUGCAUUUGAAGAGUCUAUUGGUUUUCUGUGUGGAACUUCAGUUUUGGACAAAGAUGGAGUGAGUGCAGCUGUUGUUGUUGCUGAAAUGGCAUCUUACCUGGAGACCAUGGGUAUAACAUUGAAACAGCAGCUCAUCAAGGUUUAUGAAAAAUAUGGCCAUCAUAUUUCAAAAACUUCAUAUUUCUUGUGCUAUGAUCCAAGUACCAUCAAAAGUAUAUUUGAAAAGCUUCGCAAUUUUGAUUCUCCAAAAGAAUAUCCAAAAUUUUGUGGGACAUUUGCUAUACUGCACGUACGGGACGUUACUACUGGAUAUGACAGUAGCCAGCCUAAUAAGAAAUCAGUGCUGCCUGUGAGUAAAAACAGUCAAAUGAUUACCUUUACUUUUCAAAAUGGCUGUGUGGCAACUCUCCGGACCAGUGGGACAGAACCAAAGAUUAAGUAUUAUGCUGAGAUGUGUGCAUCACCUGACCAGAGUGACACUGCCUUCCUAGAAGAGGAACUGAAGAAACUCAUUGAUGCUUUGAUUGAGAAUUUCCUUGAGCCCAGUAAAAAUGGACUGGUCUGGCGCUCUGUUUAGUGUUCCCCUGCCCACCUUUACUUUGUACUAGACAUGGAGCUCCAUGAAUAUGAACAUGGAGCUUAACAACCAAGAACUCUGUGUAUUGAACGUGUGUUAGUCUUCUCAAUCUUAUCUGGCCAAAUAUCUUUUUUCCUUUCUUUCUUUUUGGUUGGCUGACUAAACAAACUAUAUACACUUGAGAUGGUGUGGUCUGGGGUGAAAUUGUUCUUAUUUUUUUCAUAGUACUGAAUACAAGUUAUUAAGCUAAAGGCAUUACAGUAAAGUACCGUUUUUCCUCUAACAGAAACAAAACAUUAUCCAAUAUGUACUCCCAUAUUAGAUAUUAAAUUUACUUCCAUUUUCUUGUAAUUGCGUGUAGCACAAUUUAAAAAGUCAGAUAACUGUUAGAUAAUGGUAUAGUUAAAGAAAUUAAUCUAUACAAUUGGCAAGUAAGUGACCUUGUUCCCAGAUCACUGUGAAAAGUGUUAUUGUUACAUCACAAGUAUUAUCUUACAAAUUAGAGUAUUAGAAAUAGUGUAUUUAGCACUUCUCACUUAGAUCAGAUGUUACAGUGUGUGGUUUCUGCGCCUGUCUUUUAGGUGUUGGUACAGUGUAAAUGUAUGUAUUUCAAAUCCAAAUAUAUCCUAUGUAUUUAAAAUCUAGUGUUUACUAAAGGUAAAACAAUAGUGGCAACACUCCUAGUGGUUUGUUCCUGUAAAAAGUCUCAGUGCCUUUUCCAGGGUCUGUUAUGAAGUGAAACUGUUUGUGCAUUGAGUAUAAUUUAAUCAGUUAACUUAAAAUUAAGGAAAACCUUUCAAACCAUAUAGGUGCUUCCCUUCUAUAGCAAAUGGGUUUGCAGAUUUUAAGAUCUUAUGAAUGUAAAUUAAAAGCUUAAUAAAAGCAGAGCCAGUGUAACUAUAAUUAAGGAUAUUCAUGUUAGAAUUAAGCAUCACUCACCACAGUCUUUAAAAUCUUAAACAAAAAAAAAAACUGACAGAGAAACAAACUCAGAAUUUAUUUAAAAGUCUAACUAUUAAACUACGUGGUCAAAUUCUUUCCUUUGUCAGAUGAAGUAAUGCUAAUAAAAUCAAAUGAAGUAAUGAAAUAAAACAUUCAGGUUUGAAGUGUUAUGACACAAUAAACUAUAGGUUUAUAUUAAAGUCAUUUAUUCUGGCAUCUUGUGGGCUUGUGGAGAGUUUCUAAUCUCAAGAGUACUAUCUUUUUUAAUGUGGAAAAAUUUAGAAAGGCAUUUUUAGUUUAUUCUGUAGACUUCUAAAUGAAAACUUGAAUGGACAGUGUUGUUUAAACUUCUUGGAAUAUAUCCUCUCCUAUAUAACUCAGAGAAUACUUCAACAUGUGGUAUGGUGUAGUGAAGAUGUAAUAAUAACAAGACCUUACAUUUAAUCAUACUUAAACCACUUGCCUAUGAGAGGUAACUGUUAUUAGAGAUUUUAUUUCCUAAAGAAACACAGUAAUACAGAAUUUGAGCUACUUAGGUUAUUAAAUCAUAGUUUGGUUUUUUGAAGCUGUCAGCUAAUAUGUAGUUAAACCCAUAUGCUGGAAAUUUAUUUUUCAAAUUAUUGUAUUGCCACUAUUGUUGAUGUGUUCCUGUCUUCCUUCCUUAUAGCUGGAUAGAUUGUAAAUAGGUAGCUAAAUGUAGAACACCAUAUUUCUGAAUGAGUUUGUUUUCAAAGACUUUGCACUGAAGAAAUGUGUAGAAUGAUUUGUUUUAAUUUGCUUUUAGGAAUAUAGGUUGUAAUCUAGGAAAUUAUAUUCUAUAGAGUGGUAUAAGCAAUGUUAUAUAAAUGCAUUAAAAUAUGUAUAUUUGGCUUUAAUAUUUGUAUUACAAUGACUGAAGAGUAAAAUGUAGCUGAGAGCCCAUGGAUUAUUCCAAAAGCCAUGUCAUGAUUGUCACUCUAUGUUAAAGAGAACAACUAUACUCAAGUGCUUUAGUGUAAUGACAAAUAUAAGUAAUCUUAGCAUGAGAAAAAGUGUGGAUUUUUAUUUGAAAAAUUCAGAAGUCCAACAUUAAAAUUAGUAAGAUUUAAAGAUGUUCAUUAGUGUAAAACUGAAGGAGAUUAUUUGGUUUUAGCUCUCCAGUCUCUCUGUGCAUAAUACUUAACAUGAACUUGGCAGAAUAGGUAUACAGCACCUAAAUGGAUAAAUUUCGUGGUAGACCAAACCAACCAGGAAAGACAGAAUUUCUCCCCAGGAGGUCUCAGCCUCGGGCUUUACAUUAUUUAUCUUUUUCCUUAUGAACAAUUGCAUGGAAUCAAAACUGAAUUACUCAGUUCAGAAGAAAGAAAGAAUUUGUGGGGCAACAUCAUCCCAAAGCUAAAAAAAAAAGUCCCAAGUUUUAGAAGGUAGAGCAAGUAUACCCCUCUUAGUUCAACUUAACUUCCUGGUAAGAUGUUGUCUCUUAAGGUCAAAAGGAGAAGUGUGAAGGGAUAUUGCCAAAAUUUAAAAAAUAAAAUAUAGAGCAGAAAAUAAGCCCUAAAUGAAAAAUUCAUAGUUAAGGUAAUAUAAAUCUAGAUAGGAGAAAGCUAUUGAGAUAGUUUAGUGAGGUCUAAGUCACUGAGUUUUUUGUUAGAAGACUCAAAGUAAAAAUAUGACAAACUGUUACUUAACUCUAAUAAGGAUAGAAUAAGAGGGAAUAAGGAUCUUUCUGUUUUAAGAUUCCUUGCUUUUUAACUCAAAGUGGAACAAAGAUGAUGUCAUAAAGAGCACUUCACGGUAACACUUCACUCCAUAUUAGGAAUAAAGUUCAAAAGAUAGUUUCUGUACAUGUUGAGUGGUAGAUGCAUGAGUAUAAUUAAUAAAAACUUGCUUGUGUAUUAUUUGUAAUUUAACUUGAUAAAUUAAGUGGGACUUGAACACAUUCUUGUUCAUGUUGAAGCAUGUAUAGCACUGUGAUUUUUGAGGUGUUUGUUUUAAAUAUAUUGUUAUUUGGAUGUAGUAACUUUACCAGAGAUUCUGAGAUAUUGGAUACCUUAGAAUAUAUAAGUAAGUUUCCUGUUUCUAAAGCAAGUUGCAACAGAAACAUUAGCUGGAGCUUAAUGGAGAAAUUGUUCUAUGAACUGCUAAUGUUGGUAUUGUUUUCCAUUUGUUUAUGAUGCUUGAAAAAUCCAAAUUCCACUUGGAUAAAUUUCACCCUCUGCCCCUUUCUCACUACCUCCCCCUCUUCCCCAAGGCUCCUCCCACAUUUUGUUACUGUGAAAAUUUGGUCCUAUUACCUCACUGAUAAAUUUUAACUGGAUUCAUUCAGAAUACUCUAAAUUAUGUUGGUUUAUGGACUGUUGUUUUAUUGUGAGACUAUUUAAGAUAAUGUAGGAAGUAACUUUAAAUCUUCAAAACCUAGUUUGGUCUGUCUGGUAUUAUUAUGUGCUAAUAUUAUUGUGAUGGCCUUUCACAAUUCACUUGUUUUCUGAGAUUGUUUUAGAAGCUUAUAAGAAAAGAGUCAUACUAACCAAAAGGAAUGGUCAAUAGAGCAAGCAUUUUAUUUCAGGUUUCCUUGUACUUUGGGCAUUCAGAGUUAAGAUCUAAGAAAAUCACUUAUAUUUGUCCCUCAAAGCAUCUAGCAAGUCAUAAGAAGUCUAAGUAGAAAAAGGAGAAUGUAUCAUUGUCUCCUUCUACAUAGCAUGAUUUUCAAUCUGGUAGAAACAAGGCUAGUGUUUACUUGGUUACUUUAAAAUAUAUGCCAUCCUGCCUCAUUCACUAUGCCAUCCUUUCUCUUUGUUAGUUCAAGACUGUACCUAAACAAGAGAACAUACAAGAAAGUGUACAGUGACCUAAAUGAGGAUAACGUGACAUAUACAGAGUGUGCUUCUUCAAUUUUCCCACCAGUUUCCCUGGGACCUAAAGCAGAAAAGCGGGAAUGGGGGUAGGGAGUGCAGGGCAAGGAACCUAAGAGCAAAAUCCAAAGGCUCACUAUUAUCAUGACUGCUUAAUAUAAAACUUACUACAUCAGUAUUCAGAAACAGGUACUAUCAGAAAGGAGCACAGUGUUUAUCACAGAGCCUCUCAGUUGUCUUCUCACCCCUCCAGUUGCUCCAUAUCCCUAGGGGGACACAGCUUGCCUCUAGUAUGAGAAAUUUCAAUAAAGAACAUAUCGAUUGAGUUGUUGGAAAGGUCAUGUUGCAUUUUUGCAUAGAAAAACAAGUCAUGGCUUCAACCCAACUCCCUGCCCUUUAGAAGCUGACUUUUGAAAGUAUUAAUGUCAAAUUAAAUACACAUAUUACAGCUGAACCUUACAAUGUAUUGUCGAGGUGUUAAUUGGCCAUUUCUCUUGAACUUGUAGGCAUUUCUUGGCUAAGAAGGACAUCCAACUAUAUAAGCUCCCUUCAAGCAGGGAUCAUGGCUUCCAGUUUUCCAGAUCCAUGCAUGCCACCUUAUACAGUGACUGUAGGAGGGUCCUUAAUUGGUACCAACAGGAAUUAAGGGAUUUACUUUAAAGAAGCAAAUAGUUGAGACAACCAAAAGCAUUUUUCUAAUUCAGCUUUAAAAUUCUCAUUUCUGAAAUUUGUAAUAAGUAAUGUGUAUUAAACAUGCUCAACCUUAAAUACUCAAUUUUUUUAAAGAGCAGAACAUAUUUCUAGUUGAAAAUUGUAUUUAAUGCCUAGCAUUGUAUACUCAAAGCAAGGUGUUGCCCAAGAAGGCUAAGAAAAUAUCUGUGUAGACUGAAUAUCACUAGUAUAAGUGCCAUUUGAGGCUACUAAUAUUACCUUUCUAGGGAGUCACAACUAAUUUGAUACUAUUUGUUUUUGCUCAAUGUUAUAACUCAUAUCUUACAAGAGUCACUCAGGCAAGUGUCUACAUCUAUAUACAGUGAGGCCUCCUUGCUAUAGGCUAAAAGAAACUUAGUACACAUCAUUAAAUAUGCCAGGAUGAAGUGUAUGCAAUUAAGGAUGAAUUAUUUUUCUGUGUAUUAGUAGUUCAAAAUUGUACUUCGGUUUCUGUCAACAUCUUCUCAUUUUUCCCUCUGAAAAAAAGUACCAGAGUGUAUCAUUCAUACUGCCUAUGAGAAUUUGCACUUUUACGUAUUUAUGUGUGGAUUUCUUGUGGUUUUAGCCAAAGGAAGUGUUAUCAGUAAUAAACAGGUCUUCACACA